AGGUCUUUGCCUGCAGAAAUGGAAUACGAUUUAAUUUGAUUUAUUUAUGAUUUUUUAUUUAUGAUCCCAUUCUUCAGUCAUACGAAUGUGAAUGCAUUGUCAAACCAACAUUAUUAACAGAUGGACGACGGUGUUGACAACACAAUCAGUGAACUGGAUGACAUACUCCAGCAGAUAGCAGACCUGGAUAAAUGGAGAGAAAUAUUUAACUCCCGCGGGUUGGAAUUACAGGACUGCAUUGUUAAAAGACCUAUUGAGAAGAUUAAAGCUGAUGAGGACAAUGAAGACUCUUCAAGACCUGCAACUGCCACCCAGCAUAUCAGUGUACAGAGCAACCUGUUUACAGUGCCUUACUCUGUACCUCAUACCCUUGCAGUGUCUCCAAGUCUGGGUGGGCAACCGCUGUCACCAGAGAUCGCAGUGAAUUUGAGAAAGAUUUUGUUUGGGAAUACCUUCCAUGUAUUCAACUAUGAGUGGAAAAAAUCAUUCUUCAAGUUUCGGGAGCCUUUCUCUGACAUGUCAUAUGCCCUAGAGGCGGAGAGGGGUGGAGCCCGUGCAAUUCAGAUGGUGGUUCAGGCUCAUAUUAUUAAAUAUUUGCUCUUCAGCCGACCAAUGAACCCAGAGUGCACAACGCAGAGUUCUUUCUUUCUUAGUUUGGUGGAUGUAGGGGAGAAUGAGCAGAGGAAGGCGCUGGCAGAUGCACUAACUGACAUCUUGUGGACAGCUGGCGAGGAGCAGACAGCUACUGUCUCCUUGGUUACAUCAGAGCGCUGUUUCACCCCCCACCUGGACUACAAAAUGGACAGCUUCACAGAGAGGUUACAACUUUUCACCUUUAAAAAGAAAAAUGAUGUUACAGCAUUUAUAUACGAGCACAUCCAGUGUUUUAAGGAAGAGGGAAGCCAUGGAAUCAUACUUUUUCUGUAUAGCCUUAUCUUCUCCAGGUCCAUUGACAGGAUACGAGCAGACUUCGAUUUCUCUACUACUUAUCUUCUGAAUUUGACCUUAGGGAACUUUGUGUGUCGACAGGCUCUAUUAAACCUGUUGUUGACUGGCCGUGCCAGCCCUAAUAUCUUCAAUGGUACAUUACUUAACGACAAGCUCAGCAAACCUCUUGUCCACCCUCUCCACGGGGUUCUGACCCGCAGUGAUGUUGGAUAUAUGCUUUGGAACAGAGAACAAUUUGACCAUGCCAACCUUCCCCAGGUGGGCAGCAUGCUGAAAACACCCAAGCUUCCUAUCUGGGUGUGCAACAUCAAUGGCACCUACAGCGUUCUGUUCAGCCCAAACCGUUCACUGCUUUCAGACUGGAAGAUGGAGCAUCUCUUUUAUCUCUACUUCUACAAUGGCCAACCAACUCAGAGCACCACUACCAUGCUCACCAUAGACACACAUUCCCAUCACUGGGAGGCUGGAAAUAAUGACAUUCAGGGAGACCCAGAGAAAAGGUUCCCGUCUGUAGAGAUGACCAUUAGGACCAAAUGGGAGGGAGCUGUUAUCGAUUGGAAUGGGACAGUGCCUUUUUUCUAAAGACGUCCGAGCAAUCUAAAAAUAUUUCACAUUCUUAACAUAUGAGCCUGUAACAAAAGUAAAAAGAUUGUGUAGCCAACUAUAUGGCAAAAAAAGAAAAAGAAAAAUGUUUUGUUUGCCAACAAUAUAGUAAAAUCUGGUUCACAAAUGUUUACCUAUUCUGGUGCAUACAGUGCAUACUUCCGUUUGGAUUGGGUUCAAGUUGCUGUUUUGCAGGUUGGUAUCAAGUCUCAAGUCAAGUGUCAUGUAAUGAUGGAAAAGGCUGUAGUUUCAU